AUGGGGAGAGUCGCUGUUGUCACUGCCGAAGAAAUGGCUGAGUACCCAGGGGUAUGGAGACGAGGAAGACUACCAGUGGCCAAGCUGCCAGUGCCCGAGCUCCAAGCUACUCUGGACUCAUACUUGGACUUCGCGGCCGUCAUAGUGAACCAGCAACAGCUACAGAAGACCCAGGAGAUCGUUAAGAAGUUCGCAGAGGACCUCGGACCAAAGAUGCAGAACGUACUUCUGGAACGACAGAAAGAAAUGAUUAAUUGGUGUCGUGGUCUAGUCGAGUUUCAUAAACCAAACAUCAGUGACAAUUCCUUACUGUUGAAAGUGUUACAAUCAAUAGACGCCCCGACUUCAGAUACAUACUUAUUUGACGUGACUUUGAAAUUAUUACAAAGUGUGUGCGCGUGUAUGCAUGAGACAUUACACAAGAAACAGGAGAUAUUUAUGGAUGAUGCCAACUCUCUGCACUUAGAAGAUGAAAAACUAGGAAAAGAUAUAAAUCUGUACAAAGAGAUAUACAAUAAUACGUGUAUCAACUUAAGACAUGAAAUAGUCAACAAAAUACGAAGACACGAACUAGAAAAUAACUACGAAAACAAACAGAGACAAGAUAAUGAUUCAACUGCGAAUGGAAAUAUAAUAUCUAUUGAUGAUAACACGAAGGAUUCAAUGAAGAAAAUUAUAUUCAACACAUUUAUAAGAAACAACGAUCAUCACAAAUACAGAAUAGAAAAACACAAUUUAUUUAAUAAAGAUGUGACAUUGAAGAAUAAAGACGAGCACAGAGUCAUUGUAAUAAUAACAUUGUAUCCACAACAGAACAAAACUAAAGUUGAGAUGAAACAAAGGAACGUUACUGAAGAUGAAAUUAAUGAAACACUAGCUAAUGACACGCCGAUAGAUAUAGACAUAUUAAAUGGCAUUUAUAUUAAACAAAACAGUAUGAAAUCAAAAGUAUUUAACGUGAGAAAGUGUGACCUGUUUUCCAUAUACCUUUUUCUUAUCGAGAGCAUGAAAACAAAUGAUGUUAAAGUGUUCAAACUAUUAAGAAGGAAAGGAACGAUCAAAAUAUACAUCGAUACGAUAUCUUCUAAACAAUUCAAAGAAUUCCCCAACCCGUGCUGCGAGAACAGCACCUUGUUAAAAUCAUGUAAGAAUCAAAUUAUAUAUGAAAAUAAUGCAUCAGAAAAUAAACAUCAAACAUCGACCGACAAAAACAUAGAAGGACAUUUAAAUGAAAUCGUUUCUAAAAUAAAACUACUCGUGAAACAAUAUGGGAAAAAAAUACAUCAAAAUGACGAUCAUAUCGCAAACACCACUAAGCCCUUAUUUACAACAAAAAAUUCUAAUGACGGUACUACUAGUGAUCAUUAUGAAAAGCAAAAUAUGAGUGAGCAUAUAUUUGACAUAAAAUUGCCAUUUGAUAAUGAAAUAACAAUUGGCAAUGAUUUUUCACGACCUACUAGUAGUCUGAACACCCUCACAUCUACAAAUAUGAUAAAUGAAGAAUCUCUGCGGAACCUUGGAUAUGAUAUUAAAGACAUCGAAAAUCGAAUAACGUACAACGAUCCGGUAUUGACAACUGGAAAGACAACAUCAUUACCGAGUUCAGAAAUCACUGAUGAACCACGACUAACUGUAGAAGGAAUGUUAGUACAAAAUAAUACUAGUGAGGAUGAAAAUAAUAGUGUUGUAAAUAGAAAAGUAACACAAUCGAAAACCGAACAGAAUAGAAGUACUGUUAAUUAUAAUCAGACUUCAAUGAAGCCACAACAACUUACAACGAGGAAAGUAAUGAGACGAAUAUAUUUACCGAAUAAAGAAAAACAAAUAGUUACUAUGAACACCGAGGACUUCUUCUCUCUUAGGAGACCAGCACCGAAUCACAAUUAUUAUGAGAAUCAAUUCCAACACAACUCUAAAGCUCAAUUGGAAAAACCAGUGACAGUGAAGCCACGACAAUAUGUUAUACGUCCGAUGUUUGAUCAAAUCGAUGGUUACAAUUUAAGAGAUAAGUUCUUCAGACCUAAACCGCUGUUAGUAAAUAACGAUGAUUUCUAUAGAGAACAAUUUCAGCCGCACCAUCAGAGCGACGCCAUCACAUUGAGACAAAAGAUUAACUACGUCAGAGACAUGAUGCCGCCUCCUGUACCAAAGGAAAAUGUUAAACAUGUCAUCGAAAGACCAGCUUAUCUACCUCCAAAAACAAAACCAAAAUUUCUGAGAGACCGUAUUGAUUCUAUAAGAAACUAUCUGUUUAACACGGAUGUUAUUGAGAACACACCAUUGUCCAUGUAUAAAGUCAUCAGAGAUUCCACAGACUUCAUGCGCUAUGAAGAUCCAUUGUACUAUUAUAGAAAAAGCGGUUGGUAUGGAGGAACACUUACAACGACCGCUGUUACUCCGAAAAGAACUCGACGCCAGAGGAAGACCAUUUUUUUUCUUAGUCCUACCGUAACAGACUGGUGGCUGGAUGAUAUGUACCUCAAGAUCCGUCUCCCGGUUCCCAUUAACUCCAACCCAGGAAUGGUGUUUCCUCGGAAGCAGUUCGCCAAAAUAGACGAGGUCGCUGAUCUGGCCGCGCUCUAUGUCGACGAUCUCCUGGACUAUAAAGAAAUGCUUGACAGAGGUGAGCUACCACAAGAAAGAGCGACUAGUAGAGAGAAAGGCCAACCUCUAUGUAUGGAGCAGUUCUAUCGUCUGCUUGGAGUGUGCCGUAUUCCUGAAGUGGGUAAAGAUCGCCUCGAGCUGCCACCAAGACCUGACGAUCCCGCUGAAUGUGAGGAGCUGAUUAUUGUUGCUUGCCGUAACUAUUUCUAUCCAAUACCAGUGAAAGCAGCAGACCGCGGGCGCCUGACUCCUGGUGAAAUCCAAGCUCAGAUCUUGCAUGCCAUGGUGGACGCGGCCGGCGCACCACCCGCUCCAAGAAUUGGACUCCUCACAGCUAUGAACAGGGAUCAAUGGGCAAGGGCGAGAGAACAACUAGUGAAAGAAGAAACGAAUCGUGCAUACCUGGAGCUGAUAUCUCGUUCUCUGUGCGUGUUGUGUGUGGACGAGGCUGGCGGUGACCGCUCUGACUUGGAUGAUGAUACCAACGCUCUGCUGAGGGCGAUGCACGGUGGAGGAACCAACUAUCACUCUGCCAACAGGUGGUUUGAUAAGACUGUGCAGCUGAUAAUAUCGUCGGAUGGUACCGUGGGUAUGUGCUACGAACAUAGUCCGGCAGAGGGCGUUGCAGUCAUACGCCUAGCAGAGCGUGCACUAGCUAGGGCUGACGUCGCGCCACGACCAGCACCGCCGCCCGCUCUCUUACCUGCCCCUGUCGCUAUGAAGUGGAAAUUAAAUGGAGAUCUAAUAAGAACCAUAGAACAAGCUGGGAGGGAGUUUGACCGGGCGAUAUUGGACCUUGACCUGAAGGUGUACACGUACCGUGGCUAUGGCCGUGAGUUCAUGAAGAGUUGCCGCACCAGCCCCGACGUUUAUAUUCAGCUUGCAUUGCAGUAUGCCUAUUACAAGAUGUAUGGUUACUUGGUAUCCACAUAUGAAUCAGCGUCACUCCGUCGCUUCCACAACGGCCGGGUCGACAAUAUUCGCAGUGCUCACUCCGCAGCAUUAUCCUGGGCCGCCGCCAUGUCCUCCACCGAUAUGUCCCAAGAAGACGAGGGAAGGAAGGUCUCCUUUAACUUGUAUGGAGAACAAAAGAAGCUCGAAUUGUUUGAAGAAGCGACUCGUAAACAGACGGCUAUAAUGGAAGCCAAUAUCCAAGGUCGCGGUAUUGACAAUCACCUGCUGGGUCUACGCGAGGCUGCGCGGGAGACGCUGGGACAUCUGCCUGAUAUGUUCACUGAUAACACAUACAAUAGGAUGAUAGAAUUCAAGCUGUCCACCAGUCAGGUGGCGACAACCACCGAGGGUACGUUCAUGGGUUACGGCGCGGUCGUUCCAGACGGCUAUGGUUGCAGCUACAACCCCAAACGUGACUCCGUCAUCUUCUGCAUCUCUUCUUUCACCUCCUCGAGUGUCACUAACACUGAAGCCUUCCGCCAAGCUUUGGAAGAAGCUCUCGACUCCAUGAAACUCAUGUUCCAGAAUAAGAAACCUGAAGGUUAA